ACAGUCGCAACACUUGAGGCGCAUCAAAACAUUAAGGUGACUUCUCCCUUAAAUUCAGAGGACUUUGUGACAAUGGCUGAACAAUGGGGUCCGACUAAGAAGGCCACUCUGCAGCAGAUCUCUGAGGACGUGAAGGAUCAAGUGGAGAAAACGACAGGAAAGGACUUUGAGAAAUACAGAGCAUGUCUAUACAGGAAGAGUGACACGAAUCCUGGGGUGAUGAAAGAAUUCCUCAUCAAGGUUAAUGUUGGAGGACCGGACUACAUUCAUCUGUGGGUCAGAAAGGAGGAUCAGACUUACAAGCUGUUUAAUGUAAAGCAGAAAGAAACUAAAGACAGCCCACUUGUACCUAUACCUGCAAAUGAGUAAUAAGUAAAUACAUACAGGCUGCAGUCUCAUAUUAAAAUGCUUCUUUCUUCUUUGUUUAAGUUGUUGGGAAACUAUAUUGAAGUAAACUCCUUAUAAAAGAGUUUAGCCUGGAGGGGUUGAAACCUCUUCCUGUGUCUGAAGAAUGUUAAUCAUCUAUUUACUGUACGUGUGAAGCAGGUUAAGGAGGAGUGCAGGUGGUGGAGGUUUGAGAUGUUGACAUGUCUUCAGCCAAGUAAAGAAAGAUUGAAUAACACCUGAGUGAAAUCAUGUCCGUCCUGUUGUUGGCCACAGUUAAUGUGCGUCAUGUCUUUCUAAGAACUGAGGAGGGAGCGCCUCUCCUUAGUCAUUUCUGUGUGAUGCUGAGGAUUGCUGUGGCUCUCAAGCAAUAAAGAUCUACUGAGAACCUGAA